AUGUGUUCUGGUGGAGAAGGGAAGCAAUGGAGUUGUGGAAAAGCAGGAGUUGUGAGUUUGCAGAAAGUUGGAUCUUUGGUUCGAGAUUUGAGCGAGCCUUGUCUUUCUCAAUCACACAUUCAGAUUGGCAAAAUGCUUAAGCCAGAGAAGUGGCAAGCGUCUUUUGAUAGUGAAGGAAGAGUUUCUGGUUUCCAAAAGGCCCUCAAGUUAAUCAUUUUGGGGGGAAUAGAUCCAUCUAUUAGAGCUGAGGUUUGGGAGUUUUUACUUGGAUGUUAUGAGUUGAGCAGCACCUCUGAGCACCGUAACCAACUCAGGGCUGCAAGAAGGAAGCGGUACAAUGACUUGCUCAAGCAAUGCCAGACGAUGCAUUCAAGUGUGGGAACUGGUUCACUUGCUUAUGUUGUUGGGUCUAAAGUCAUGGAUAUGCGGAAGUCUUAUAGAGAUGAGGCUGUAAAGGUUGCUACUACAGAUGAAAACAGAGAAGAAGCUUGUGCAGAUGAUAAUGCUAAUACCGAAAAUCAUCACAGUGAUUGGAGUAAUAAUGGUGGUACUGAUACACCUCAUUUACACCGAAGAGGAAGUUCUAGUGAGUCUGAUGAUUUAGCAAGCGGAAGAGAAAGUCCCGAGAGCGUUGUGUACAACACUUCCUCAUUUGUAUCUGCUUCCAGUCCUUAUGGUUUUCCUUCCCCUGAUGGUUACUUUGACUUUCCCUCGCUGCCGGUUACAGAUUUGUUUGGAAGGAAUAGUUUAGAUCAGAUAGAGGUUUCUACUCCAGACAAGGAUGCUUCACUGCACAGGGAGUUAAGAUCUUCUGCUGAUGAGGGAAUGAACCGUUCUCGAGUUAAUAAGAAUGCUGACUUAGUUAGAGAGCAACAAAGGUCCACUUCAGAGAUAGAAGAGUUGCAUCCGGAUUUUGUUGAUGGCUUGAGAAUAUCAGAAGUCUCAGAGAUGGGAUCAGUAAAGGAGACUCCUUCUCAUGUUGUUAAUAUCACGGAAGAUCGAGUGUCUGAAUGGCUUUGGACGUUGCAUCGAAUAGUUGUUGAUGUGGUAAGGACGGAUGGCCACCUUGAGUUCUACGAGGAUCCAGGAAAUCUAGGAAGAAUGUCUGAUAUCCUUGCGGUUUAUGCUUGGGUUGAUCCUGCAACUGGUUACUGCCAAGGAAUGAGUGAUUUAGUCUCUCCUUUCGUUGUUCUUUUUGAAGAUAACGCUGAUGCCUUUUGGUGCUUUGAAAUGCUCAUAAGAAGAACGCGAGCGAAUUUCCAAAUGGAAGGACCAACAGGAGUGAUGGAUCAGUUGCAAUCACUGUGGCACAUACUGCAACUCACAGAUAAAGAUAUAUUUUCUCACUUGACGCGUAUUGGUGCUGAGAGUCUUCACUUUGCCUUCCGUAUGCUUCUAGUUCUGUUCCGACGAGAGUUGUCUUUCAAUGAAGCUCUCAGAAUGUGGGAGAUGAUGUGGGCAGCUGAUUAUGAUGAAUCUGUUGCUGAAACUUUGGAGAAUGAUUGCUUGGAGCCUUUGGUGAUACAUCAUCCAAGUAAAUCCAAAGCUGAGGUGAAUGAAGAAACUAAUGGUAAUAGUAUAAAAAGGGAACCAGCAAUUUCAAAGAGUGGGCCACUUUCAAAGAGCAGCGGUUUGCUCUCUAUGAGCGGUUUGCUACCGAAGAGUGGUCCGUUGCCAAAGACUACUGGACCACUCUAUGAGGAGAGUGGAAUGAAGUCAUCAUCAUCAUCCUCCACAUAUCACUUCUGUGGUUUGACAAGAAAUUUUUGGUCAAGGAACGAUAGAACAACACAUGUCCCUUCUGUAGUUUUAUCCAUCAGGAAAGGGGAUGAGGCUCUUCCUGUGUUUUGUGUGGCGGCGAUUUUGAUUAUGAAUCGACAUAAGAUCAUGAAAGAAACUCGAUCUAUUGAUGACAUGAUACAGAUUUUCAAUGAUAAGGUUCUUGUGUUCAGCGUGAGAAGAUGCAUACGCACAGCCAUUAAACUUCGUAGGAAAUACAUGUACAAGAGUCAGGUAAUCAAGACCAAGAGCCACACUCAGAAUCAAGACCAGUUUCAAAUCCAGCAUCAAACUCAUAUGGAGAGCCAGAAGCUGGAAGAGACUCAAAGCCACUGUGAGAACCAGAGGCAAACACAAAGUGUACAUCAUAUUGGUGACCAGUCAGACUCCACUUAUAACAGUAUAAUAAGAUAA